AUGCAGUCCGGAGUGAAGACACUCUCCGCAGGUGGAGGUGCGUCCCUUUGCUGUCUGCUGCUCCUCUGGCUCAUUUACUCCCACCUGCUCCGAGAGGGCCAGUUGGCGGUGGGAACCUGCGAGAUAGUGAUGCUCAACAGGGACAGCAGCAUUCCCAGACGAACUAUUGCCAGGCAGACAGCCCGCUGCGCCUGCCGGAGAGGUCAGAUCGCCGGCACCACACGGGCGAGGCCGGCAUGCGUCGAUGCGCGAAUUGUGCGUAGUCGUCAGUGGUGUGAGAUGACUCCCUGUGUGGAGGGCGAGGUCUGCAGCCUCCUUUUCAACCGCUCAGGGUGGACCUGCACCAGAAGCAGCGGACGCAUCAAGACCGUUACGUUGGAGGACUCUGUGUACCAGGGUCAAGAUCCCGUCUGUGAAUCGCAUGUCUCCUAUCAGUCUGACAGCAUUAAGCUGAGCCCAAUCAAUACCCAGAGGGCCUCCAAUCUCUGCAUGACAGCGACACAUAGACACACAAAAGGGAGAGAGUGGAAGGGUGACACCAAUUGA